GAGCCCGACGUAAUAAUUUUCUUGACAGGUGAUUAUAAACCUGAUGAUCAAUGGCACUGUUAGGCCUAAAAGACGAAUUACUGGAGGGAUCAAAUAGCUCCUGGAAUGUAAACAAGAUAGGAGGGUUGCCUGACUGGAUGUGCGCAGAAUGCAUCAUACCAAAGUGUCAAUGUUGUAAUGAUCCCAUGAUUCUGAUUGUUCAGAUUUAUUGUCCGUUAGAUGGAUUUCCUUACCACAGAACGUUAUAUGUCUUUACUUGUAAAAGAAAACAGUGCUGGGGCCAUGAUGAGAGCUGGUGUGUCCUGAGAUCUCAAUCCUUGGAUACAAAUUACAAAAAACUCUCCUCCAAGUCUUCAAAACAAGUAAAAGAAGAAGCCAUGUUUGCAAGCGAAGAUGACUGGGGUGACGAUGUAAAUGAUUUGAACGAUUUUAGUUUGUCUAAAUCUUGCAAUAAAAUGGAACAAAAUACUAAAUCAAAUUCUAGAAAAUCAGACUAUGUGGAUGUUGUAAAAUGUGAAGCUUCUGGCAAAAAUAAUCAUAAUACUGAGUUACCUGAGGUAGCCAUAACAGAAGGGGCACUGAGCAAUGAAUUCAAAGGUCUGACUGUACAGGAUGAUGAAGAUAUAACAGAUGAGGAAGAUUAUGUAAAUGGAGAAGACAAAAUGGUCAUACCUGAUGACAGCUUUCAGAACGUGUUAGAACUGAUUGAAAACAAACAAAUGACUAGUAAUGAUAUGGAAGAGGGGAACGAGAGUGUUACGGACAGGCUUGUGUCAUAUUAUUUAAGUGUACUUGAAGAAGCUCAUCUGCAAACAGAGAUUGACAAUAAUCAUCUGAAAAAAUUACUCAGCCAAUACCAGAGAAAUGAGGGCGUGGAUCUAGAGGGUUUACUUUACCAAGAUUUACCUUCAACCACUUCAAGUAAUGGAAAAGCUGGAGCUGCAACUCAAGGAGAAAAGUAUGAACGGACAGAAAUUAAACAUGGAGAUAAGAUGUUUCACAGAUUUCUAAAACAGACUUCAAUAUGUCCUCAACAGUGUGUUAGGUAUCAAUGGAAUGGAAGUCCUUUAUAUAUUAAAGAAAUGAGUCCCUCUGAAAAAACAGCCAUUACAAAUAGGUCUUGCCCUAGUUGUGGAGGGCCUGUUGUGUUUGAACUGCAGUUGAUGCCUGCCCUUGUAAACUUCCUCCAAUUGCCAGAGAAUUCAGGUCCUGCCACAGAGUUUGGGACAGUGAUCGUGUUCACAUGUAAGAACAGCUGCUGGGAUGGUCAGUCUAAAACCAUACAGGAGUUUGUUCAUGUCCAACCUGACCCUGACCAUCAUCUGUUUAACUGAGUGUUUUAUUUUAACAAUACAAUGUGCGACUGUCUGGUGUACCACUAACUGUUUUUAGUGCCGCUGUGGUAUUUAGUUUUAUCAGUACUUUAUUUUUAUUGCAAUGGUUUUAUUCAAUACCAGUAUUUAGUUUUAUUGGUAAUUGUAUUUAUUUGAAUGGAUUUGGUGAAUUCACACUUGGUAUAGUAAUGAAUGAACGGUUCUCUUCAUUAAGCAAUGAAAAAUCCAAUAUCUUAUUUGAAGAGAUCUAUCAAUCUUCUUGUCAGGUUGUGUGAUGGAUUAGAUAUUAAUAGCCUUUUUUAAUAAUUUUAAAAGAAUCAUUAUAUUUGUAAAUGCCACGUACCAGAUUGAUACACUAUUGCCUUCAAAGUUGGUCAUUUCAA